AUGAACAGGAAGUUCAGUUCUAAGUCUGGGAGCGGGGCUAGGGGUUUCAGUGGACGCUCUGCAACCACCACUAUCACUUCCAGUGGCAACAGAGCUGGCUUCAGUUCCGCUUCUUUGUCUCGCGUUGGGAGAAGAAGCGGAGGGUACAGUGGUGGUUUUGGCAGCAGGAGCCUCCAUAGCCUGGGCGGAAACAAAAGCACUUCCAUCCGCAUAGGGGGUGGAGGCUUCCGGAGUGUGGGACUUGGAUUCGGUGGUGGUGGCAGCUUUGGUGGUGGUGGAUUUGGUGGUGCUGGUUAUGGUGGUGGUGGUGGAUUUGGUGGCAGCAGUGGAUUUUCCUCUAGUGGGUAUGUCAGUGGAGGAUACGGGGUUGGUGGGGGAUACGGUGGCGGAGGCUUUGGUGGUGGCAGAGCUGGUCCUGUUUGGUCUCCUGGCGGCAUCCAGCAAGUCACCGUGAACCCCAACCUCCUGGCGCCCCUCAACAUCGAAAUUGACCCGGAGGUCCAGAAAGUGAAAGUGCAGGAAAGGGAGCAGAUCAAGACCCUCAACAACAAAUUUGCAUCGUUCAUCGACAAGGUUCGAUUCCUGGAGCAGCAGAAUAAGGUGCUGGAGACCAAAUGGGACCUCUUGCAGCAGCAGGGCACAGUCACUAAGAUCCCCAUCGACCCUCUUUUUGAUGCAUAUAUCAAUAAUCUGAGGCGGAAGCUAGAUAGCCUAGUGACUGACAGAGGUCAGCUAGAUGGAGAGCUGAGGAACAUGCAAGAUCUCGUGGAAGAUUUCAGAAAGAAAUUUGAAGAGGAAGUCCACAGGCGCACAUCUGCAGAAAAUGAAUUUGUGGUGCUCAAAAAGGAAGUGGAUGUUGCCUACAUGAAAAAAAUGGAACUUCAAGCAAAAGUGGAUUCCCUCAUCGAUGAGAUAAACUUCCUGCGAGCUGUCUAUGAAGCGGAACUAGCUCAGAUGCAAGGACAGAUGAGAGACACCAACGUCAUCCUGCAAAUGGACAACAGCCGAGAUUUGGACCUGAACAGCAUCAUUGCCGAGGUCAAAGCUCAGUAUGAAGACAUUGCUAACAGGAGCCGGGCUGAGGCGGAGGCUUGGUACCAAAGUAGGUAUCAAGAGCUUCAGGUCACGGCCACGACACACGGUGAAGACCUGAAGGUCACCAGGAACGAGAUCGCUGAAGUGAGCCGGGUGAUCCAGAGGCUGAAAGCUGAAAUAGAUAGUGUGAAAAAACAGAUUGCUGGGCUGCAAACGGCCAUUGCCGAUGCUGAGCAACGCGGGGAGCUGGCCCUCAAAGACGCCCGGGGUAAGCUCGCUGAUCUUCAGAACGCCCUUCAGACCACCAAGGAUGAACUGGCUCGUUUGCUGCGGGAGUACCAGGAGCUGAUGAACGUCAAGCUGGCCCUGGAUAUUGAGAUUGCCACCUACAGGAAACUGCUGGAGGGAGAAGAGUGCAGGAUGUCUGGAGAAUAUGCUGAUCCUGUGAGCAUCUCUGUGGUCAGCAGCACCACCAGCGUAGCUGGCAGCGGUGGCGGAGUUGGAAGCGGAUAUGUCCUUGGUGGAGGAGGUGGAGGUCGUGGAAGUGGCCUCAGUCUUGGUGGCGGUGGAGGUGGUCUCGGGCUUGGAAUUGGCAGCGGGAGUGGUUUUGGAAUUGGUGGUAAAGGUGGGAUCAGUGUCGGUGGAAGUGGGAUUGGUUUAGGAGGAAGCAGUUUUGGCUACGGAGGGGGGGUCACCUCUGGAGGGGGAAGCAGCUCUAGCAUAAAAUAUGUCUCGACAUCCUCUUCAUCAAGCAAAAAAUUAAUUAGAUAA